AUGAGUUCGAACUUGAAUACCCAGGAGGAUGCUUUGCUAGAUGACGACUAUGUUCUCGUUGAUAAGUCUUUGCCCGGUUCCCCUCGUCCAGACGACAUCGAGCAGACGGUUGUGAUAAGCGACGAAGAUGAAGAUGAACUUGAAAGCUUAGGCGAUGAGCCCUACUACGAAAUGGCAGUGCGUGAGAUCGCUCGAGGCGAUAGCUACACAUGUAUGAUCUGCACUGUUGAGAUGGAUUAUACGUGUCGAAUGUACGGUUGCCCGGAAUGCUAUCGUGUAUUUGACUAUGAUUGUAUCCGCGAAUGGGCACUCAAAUCCACGCAAAAAAGCGCCAACAACACUUGGAAAUGCCCCAACUGCUACUUCGAGAGUCGUGAAGUACCUUUGAAAAAUAGACACGCCUGCUGGUGUGGCAAAACAGUCCAUCCAGACCCGAAUCCCUUGGACCCCAAUAGUUGCGGACAAACUUGCGAUGCCCCGGUUUGCGUACACGGAUGCUCCAAAACAUGCCAUCUUGGACCUCAUCCUGUAUGUAUGCGAAUGGUACAAGUUGAGUGUUUGUGUGGGAAACGUAAAAAAGACGUUAUUUGUUCGGAAGCCACCGAGUAUCAGGGAUCUUACCGCUGUCAAAAGCCCUGUGGACUUUUACUACCGUGCGGGAAACAUACCUGCCAAAAGGUGUGCCAUACGGGAUUUUGUGGCGAGUGCCCAGAAACUAUCCGUACCGAUGUGAAAUGCUAUUGUGGUACAGCCUCUAAAGAUUCCAUUUUAUGCAAAGACGUCAGGGUCCAAGCCAGAUCUCACGAUCAGGCCAGACAAGCCUGGAUAGGUGUUUUUGCGUGCAAGACUAUGCGGACUAUCGAGUAUGCUUGCGGAAACCAUUCAUUUACAGAAGCUUGUAAAGCACCUCCGUCGCUUGACAGACGUAUUCCCUGUCCCUUUUCACCAAAAAAUCUCAAGACCUGUCCCUGCGGUAGAAAUCCGCUCAAAGAUCUGAGCACUAAGCGCACCAGCUGCACAGACCCCAUACCAACUUGUGAUUCAAAGUGUGGAAAACUUUUGAAAUGUGGAAAGCAUACUUGCCCCUUUCAGUGUCACACCGGCGAGUGCAUGCAAGAAUGCACAUGCACCGACAAGAAAGGGUGCUCUUGCAAUGCCAGAAACUUUUUGGUUCCUUGCAAAUUUGAAGGAAAGCCAAGAUGCACUACAAAAUGUGAGUCGCUCAUGUCUUGUCGACGUCAUCGUUGCCCAGAGAGGUGUUGUGAAGGACGAGAACUUGCCCGACAACGAGAGAAAAAAACAUUUCUCACACGCGAUAAGCUUGAUGAAUCUCGCGUCGAAGCCCAGCACAUUUGUCUCAAGCAAUGUAAUCUCAAAUUAGCAUGCGGCCGCCAUUUUUGUCCCAGGAAGUGCCACCCUGGAAACUGUCCCCCAUGUUUGGAGAGUGAUUCCAAUGACUUGGCGUGCCCGUGUGGCAAAACAGUGGUUCCUGCUCCUGUUCGCUGUGGCACGAAACUUCCACGGUGCUUCCAUCCUUGCAUCAAAACCACACGCGGCUUAUCGGAAUGCGGGCAUCCGCCAAUGCCUCACUAUUGUCACCCGCUAAGUGAAUCAUGUCCUUCAUGCACCGCUCCAGUGCUGAAAAAGUGUAAGUGUGGGAAAAACGAAAAAGUCAGAACAUUAUGCUUUCAAGACGACGUUUCUUGCGGACGCGUGUGCGGUCAAAAGCUACCAAACUGCCAGCACAUUUGCCAAAAAGCCUGCCACGAAGAAGGUCAACACCAGGAAAUCUGUAAGCAGGUCUGUGGUGCUGUCAAGCCAAUCUGCAGCCAUCGAUGCAGAUAUAGAUGCCAUGCAGGUAGAGCCUGCCCUGAUAAACCCUGCACAAGCGAUGUACAGAUACAUUGUCGCUGUGGUCACAGAAGUGCGCACAAGAUCUGCGGUGCUUAUUCUUCACAACCGUCCGCUGCCGAAGAUGUUCUUGAAUGCAGUGAGGAAUGCGACACAGCUCGCAGACGUGCAGAACUGAUGGAAGCCUUUGGUUAUAAGGAAGAAGUAGCUCAGGCUUCUCCAUGGCUGCAUGAGUUACAGAAUUUGGCGGAAACUGUACUCACUUUCCAAGAAUUGCAGCUGCCCUUUUCAGAAGCAACAUUAUCCAUUUUUGCGAAGCAAAGCAAUUGGUGCAGCCAGAUCGAAGCAACAUUGGUCAAGUUACUGCAAGACAAGGACAGACCAAGCCUGCAUUUUAAACCUAUGAAACCACCGCAGAGACAUUUCGUUCAUGAACUUUCUCAGGCUUUCAGCCUAUACUGCGAAUCGCAAGACCAAGAACCCAAGCGGUCAUGCUUCGUGAAAAAAACCGCAGCGUCCAACAUACCAGUGCUUUCUUUGACGGAGGCUCAUCCGCUAUACCAGUCCUUCAAAGCGGCUCAAAAGGAAAGGAAGCUAAAGGAAAUCGAAAAAUCAACCACAACAAGAAUCCUGAAUUACAAAGCUGACCAGGAAGAGUCACCCGCGCGCGUGGCAAAAAUCAACGGUUUACUGGUGCGUGGAAUUUUCACUGGGAUUGAUGAGAAAACAAUCGAGGCCAAGAUAAGCCCUGUUUUGAAGCACACUUUACUCAAAGGUUCACGAUUCACGAAACUGCCAUCUGGUGACGUUCUUUUGUUCACGGAAAACUACGCGCAAGCAAGCCCUAACAUUGAGUUCGAUAUUGAACGGAUUCUUGGACAUUUGAAUGCUUUUGUUCAGGACGAAAUACUGGCCGAAAACGUUGUGUCGUGUGAAGUAGCUGAGGUAUUACGAACGCAAGGUGUGACAUUAGAAUCUUCUUCAGAUGAGUCGCUCGACAACAGCAACGAUAGCUUGGGGAUAGUUUAG